UUUGCUUUCACUAAAAAAUUCCUUGUAAGCUUCUACUUUAGUAGAUGAAAAGUUAUUAAAACCAUCGUCCUGGAACUAUAAUUCUAUAUCAAAAUUGAUGGUGACUCAAACUUAUGAUUCCCUAUUUAAAACUGUAAGACAGUGAGUCUACUCAGGACAUAAUUUUUAACUCAGCCAUGAAAGUGUUUGCAUUGAGAUCUUAUUUCCUUCUCUUCAUUCUUAUUGUAUCUCAAUCUGUUAUAGCCUAUAAAAAGACUUAUAAGAAGCAAGAACCAUGCAAGAACUUCGUGGUUUAUUACCAUGAUGUCCUUUUUAAUGGCACAGAUGCUGCUAAUGCAACAUCUGCUGCAGCUACUGGACCAACUAAGUUAAACAAAUUCAAUUUUGGUAUGUUGGUUGUUUUUGAUGAUCCUGUGACAAUAGACGAGCAUCUCCUGUCUCGUCCUGUUGCUCGAGCACAGGGGUUGUAUUUCUAUGAUAUGAAAUCGACUUUUACCGCCUGGUUCGCCUUUUCUUUGGUCUUUAACUCCACCAAGCAUAAAGGUACUCUUAAUAUAAUGGGAGCAGACUUGAUGAUGGAAAAAACUAGGGAUUUCUCUGUGGUUGGAGGGACCGGGGACUUUUUCAUGGCUAGAGGGAUUUGCACAGUUCAGACUGAUACUUUUCAGGGUGAUUAUUACUUUCGUCUCAAGAUGAACGUUAAGCUGUAUGAAUGUUAUUAAAAGGAGAAAUCCGUUUGUGAACUUAGUUCUUCACGUAAAAUUAUGAACUAAUAAAAAGCAUUUAAUUUUUCUUAA